ACCUGAUAUUAGAGAUGAAAUUUAUAGAAUUGGUCAAACAAAACCCAUUAACGAUAUUAUUGAUAGUUUUGCAGAACUUGAAUUACUAGAUCAAGAAGGUAAUAAUAUGGAUCCACUUACCCAAGAUCCAGAUUACCUUAAAUACCUCGAGCAAGCAAAAGCUUUAUAUAAAAAACCACAAAGAUCCAACCAAUCU